UUUACUGGGCAAACCUCUCACGCUUUGGGGGCUAUUCGUGCCAAAGUAGGUGGCUUGGAUAACGGAGUCUAUAUAAUUCAAGUAGCUGCAUAGGGCAAUUAGAGGUAUAAAUCGCGUAGAUAGUUUUCUUGGAGAGUGACAAUGGACCAAACCUCGCUUAACUAUUCAAACCGGUAACCCAUCGACGGCCAUAACCUCCUAAACAAAUGAUUUGGAUCAAGUAACCGCUGAAAUGCAAGUUAAUAAAUCUCCUUAUUUACCUCUACUAGGGGCGUGGCUUGCACCCAUUAGUGCCUAACGAGGUGACUUGGAUAACGUAGUCUAACUGGUGCAAGUAGCCGGAGAGAUGCAAAUUAAUUAGAGGAACAAUUUGAUUAGAUAGUCCCACUGUUGGCGUGACAGUCGACCAAAAACUGCUUUGGUGUGCAAAUAGUUUAAAUUAUGCAACACUUUCCUACUGGGUCUCAACCAUUAGUGAUUUAUAUUUUCCUACUGUCCACUUGCCUUUGAUCUUGCCAUCUUAGAUGCGUUUGUAUAUGAGUAAGAAAGUAUAUCUCAGACAAACUAAUUUUCGGUCCAAAUUCUAAAAAUUAAAUUUACAGACUCUCGUAUAUGUAUACAUACAAACAUAUUUAUGUGGCUAUGCAUAUGUAUUUCGCUUAAAAACUCACUAUUUUAGAUACAUAUACCAUUCAGGCACUUCUGUCCAUUUAGACACUCGGUCAAUCCCGUCGUGCGCGAGCAAGUCAAUCAGUCAUUUAUUUAUGAGUGGACAAACCACAGCGGCCAGACUAACACCGAAGUCACUCAGUUUUCCAGGCACAAACCAAGCUCAUAAAUAUUCAUACAUAAUAUCAUACAUGCGUACAUAUAUACAUAUGCACAUAUUUGUAUACAUUUUCGGAUUGUGCGAGCACAUGAGCAUCGCGCGCUGAAGCUGUGCGCCCAGUCACUUGUGAACUCACCGAGUUACAACUUCGUUUGAUGUGAAGGCGUCGCAGCUUUUAACUUCGAGGCUUCACUAUAACUUGUUGCUGUAGUUAUUGGCGUUUGGCGUGGAGUUCGGAAAGCCCUGCUUUUGUCUGACGUCAAGGCGAACAAUCACAUACAUAUGUAUGUGUAUGUAAAUAUGUAGUGGAAAGAGUCGAAAAGUCGGUUUAAAAGUGUAGCGCUUUGUUGUUUGCUUCGAGGUGAAGCUCUAAAUUCGACUCUGCAGUGGCUAUACGAUAUCGGCGUUAAACGUUAGUGUGGCAAGUGAGCGAGUGAAUCACGCGCUGUUAUUGGUUUGGUGUGUGAAUUGGCGAAAAUAAUAUUUGAAAGCGCUUUCUUUGUUAUUUGCGUGUAUGAAGUGCCGUCGCGUCAAUGUACGCCUGGCUUUAAAUAAUUUUUGAGCGAAACAAAUAAAGUGACUUAAGUGUUGUGGUAGCGAGAAUCGAAUUUUUGCCGCAGAUUUACAGUGUAAAGUGUUUAAAGUUGCGCAGUGCAGUGUCAAAACGCCAAAAUAAGCUUGCAGUAUCCUCGUGAAAUCUGGAAAGCCACACAUAUCGUGUCAUUACUUUCAAAAUGUGGCAAAUUACUUGAACACCAAAAGCUCUAAAUUCCACAAAAACAAGCAAAUAAGCAACAAGUUGUUUAAAACAACAAAGCAUACAACAUUUAUUAUAUUUUUUUUGCUAAACACAGUUUAGUGUCCAAAGCAACUGUGCGCGCGCUCAAAACCGCUUUUCGCAACUUCGCUCAACUCUCCCAUAAAACAGCGCUCAAAUCGGCGCAUAAACAUCACUCGACAACAGCAACAACCGAGCGGUGCCACAUAGUGCCACAGUGUGGUGGUUUGGUGCUACAAUCUACAUUUCGCAUUAAAUACAUACCUGCUUUGUAUAGCAGUUUUCCUCAUACGAAUUCAUCGAUCGUGAGACGGGUCUUGCGAAUCCUGCGCUCGUCUAUGAUGAGCUAGACUAUCCACAUCUCUAUUCACAGUUCGACGGCGGUGGCGCUAUAACGAUGACCAGCAAUAUCGAUUCCACCCAACCACGUGCMUACGUAGUCAACGCUACCGAUAGCAUUGAUGGUGAGAGCAGGGACUACACACCCGAGCUGGCAGAGGAAGAUGACGAGGAGAAGGUGACACGCUGCGUGCCUGAUUUUCAGUUCUCGCUCGUCGAUUCGGAAUAUGACGAGACGCUGGCGUUUCCCGAYUCCGUGACGAUAUUGUCGAAUGUCGGCGAUAAGCCAGUGCUGGUACARCGCAAAGACACCGACGACGAUGACGAUGAGGAGGAGGGCGCUGGUGCAUUUACGGGACAACCUUCGGAGAUACCAUACAGCUCCAUAUAUGGACCGAGCAUGAAAUUCAAUUCCUUUCAGCGCAAAGUAUUCAUACCCGGCAUGGAGAUACAGGUGCGCAUAAUCGACAACGAACGCAGUGUGACGACGCACUUGUUGAAUCCAAAUUUGUAUACCAUCGAACUGACGCAUGGACCCUUCACGUGGACCAUCAAGCGUCGCUACAAGCAUUUCAAUUCGCUGCAUCAGCAGCUUAGUUUCUUCCGCACCUCACUGAACAUUCCAUUCCCGAUGCGCAGCCACAAGGAGAAGCGUGCCACAAUUAAAAAGGCAGCCAUACAGAUGGCUGAUGAGGCGCGUCUGAAGUCCAUGCAGAUGUCGCAAACCCAGACAACGCUCUGUGAGACGAGUCAGAAAGUGCAAAGUAACGGCAACAGUAAUGCCAUCAAUACCAUGGUACUGGCGAGCACCAGCAAUAGUCCWCURUCAAAUCUGGGUAUAACGGGCAAGCGAAAGAAGAAGGAGAGAAAGCUGCCACGUUUCCCCAAUCGACCCGAAUCGCUUAUAACUGUCGAGUCACUGCCUACGCGUAUCAAGCAAUUGGAGGAYUAUCUGUACAAUCUACUGAACAUCAGCUUGUAUCGAAAUCAUCACGAAACGCUUAACUUCGUUGAAGUCUCAAAUGUCUCCUUUGUGUCCGACCUCGGCAUCAAGGGUAAGGAGGGCGCUAUACAAAAGCGUACCGGCUCCACGCGUCCUGGGCAAGCGGGUUGCAAUUUCUUCGGUUGUUUUCAGCAGAAGUGCUGUGUGCGCUGCAGCUUCUUUUGUUCGGACGUGCUGUACGGCAAAUGGCGUAAUCGUUGGUUUUUCGUCAAAGAGACCUGCUUCGGCUACAUACGUCCCACCGAUGGUGUCAUUAGAUCUGUGAUAUUAUUCGAUCAGGGUUUCGACGUCUCCACUGGUAUCUAUCAAACCGGCAUGCGUAAGGGUCUGCAGGUGCUCACCAAUAAUCGUCACAUUAUACUCAAGUGCUGGACGCGUCGUAAGUGCAAAGAGUGGAUGCUAUACCUCAAGCAGACCGCAAAUAGUUAUGCGCGCGACUUUACCUAUCCCAACCCGCAUAUGUCGUAUGCGCCGGUGCGUUCUGGUAUACAAGCGAGUUGGCAUGUCGACGGUUCUACUUAUAUGGGUGCCAUAGCGGAUGCGCUUGAAGAGGCAAAAGAGGAGAUCUACAUCGCUGAUUGGUGGUUGAGUCCGGAGAUUUAUAUGAAACGGCCAGCGGUGGAUGGCGAUUACUGGCGCUUGGAUAAGAUACUACAUCGUAAAGCGUCACAGGGCAUCAAGGUGUUCGUGCUACUCUACAAAGAGGUCGAAAUGGCUUUGGGCAUUAAUAGUUACUACAGCAAACAGAGGCUUUCACACGAGAAUAUAAGGGUGCUCCGACAUCCAGAUCAUGCGCGCGCUGGCGUGUUCUUCUGGGCUCAUCAUGAAAAGAUUGUUGUGGUCGAUCAGACUUACGCUUUCAUCGGUGGUCUCGAUCUCUGUUAUGGCCGUUGGGACGACUAUCGACAUCGUCUGACUGACCUUGGUAGCAUAUCCACGGCCUCUGCUUCGGGCAGCACACGACGUUUAGGCAGUUUCUUUGCUAAGGACGAUGCGGACUCUGCCUUUGGUUCGCAGAAGUCCUCACGUAAAUGUGCGAAUGUAAAUAGCGACCUACAGAAAAGCGAAAAAUUAAGCGCAAACAUCAAAGAAACCCAAUUUGAAGAGGUCGAGCUACGCACACUGGCGCCAGGCGAUAAACUUGUGAUACCUGAAUUGCUUUCACCGCCCACAAGCGAACAGAUCGCCAUCGAAGGCAUGAAAUUAAAUACACCCGAAAUGGAGCGUAAAAAUGUUUUGGAGAAAAUCACCACGAAUGCGAUGCGUAAGGGCAAAGACUUGGUGAGUCGAYUAACAAUGACCGAACACGAGCGCAGCGSAAGUGAUAAAUCACCUGAUGUGCUGAGAGAUCCCAAACAGCUGGUGUUCACCAUUGAUGAGGUGGAAACUGGWCGCUUGGGUGGUCUAGAGGAUCCCACGCCGUUCCAAACGCAAAUCCUGAACGAUUACUAUGGUCAAGCYAAGUAUUGGUUCGGCAAGGACUACUCCAACUUCAUACUYAAAGACUGGAUGAACUUAGAUGCGCCGCUCGUCGACAUCAUAGAUCGCUCGACAACACCACGUAUGCCUUGGCAUGAUGUGGGCGUGUGUUURGUGGGUGCAGCGGCGCGCGAUGUGGCGCGUCACUUCAUACAACGYUGGAAUGCUGUGAAGCUGGAGAAGAUGCGUGAUAAUGCCAACUUUCCAUAUUUAAUGCCAAAGAGUUACAACAACAUCAGCCUGAAUCCAAAUAUUACCUUGAAGCGUCAGAAUCGUGUUACGUGUCAGCUGCUGCGCAGCGCUUCUUCAUGGAGCUGCGGCUUCAUCGAGCAGGAUUUGGUUGAGCAGAGCAUACAUGAUGCUUACAUACAAACAAUAACGAAGGCGCAGCAUUUCAUCUACAUUGAAAAUCAAUUCUUCAUCACAAUGCARUUGGGCGCGACGGGCGCGUAUGGCAAUGUGCGCAAUCAGAUUGGUGAAACGCUGUUCAAGCGUAUCGUGCGCGCGCAUAAAGAGCGUAAGACGUUCCGUGUAUUCGUGAUCAUACCGCUACUGCCUGGCUUUGAGGGCGAUGUUGGSGGCAGCACUGGCAAUGCGGUGCGCGCCAUCACGCAUUGGAACUACGCAUCGAUAUCACGCGGUCGCUCKGGCAUACUCACACGCCUGCAGGAGGUCGGCAUAAAAGAUCCCGGUGAAUACAUCUCCUUCCACAGUCUACGCACAAAUUCACAGCUCAACAAUAAUCCCAUCACCGAGCUUAUCUAUGUUCACUCCAAGCUCUUAAUCGCAGACGAUCGCGUAGUUAUAUGUGGCUCGGCAAAUAUCAACGAUCGUUCCAUGAUCGGCAAACGUGAUUCGGAAAUUGCAGCGAUCAUUACCGACGAAGAGUUUGAAGAUGGACGCAUGAAUGGUAAAAAGUAUCCGAGCGGCGUGUUCGCUGGACGGCUGCGCAAAUUUCUAUUUAAAGAGCAUUUAGGCUUACUCGAUCCAGACGCGGAUCGUAUGCCAAUCGAUGUCACGGACCCGGUGAUAGAUCAGUUUUGGAAUGGYAUGUGGCGACGUACGGCAACACGCAAUACUGAGCUUUACGAAGAGAUCUUCAAAUGUCUGCCAACGGAUAAGGUGAAAUCGUAUGCAGAUYUGCGAAAAUAUCAGGAGGAACCGCCGCUGUGUAAGUCCGAUCCGGAAAUGGCUAUGAAGCGGGUGGCGAAUAUACAGGGUUUCCUAGUCAACUUGCCAUUGGACUUCCUCAACAAAGAGGUGCUAAAACCGCCUGGCACCAGCAAAGAGGGACUCAUUCCGACCGCCGUGUGGACGUAGUCUCAGRCCUGCAUUUACGCUGUUAAAAACUUGCUACAAUGUAUUUAUUACUACUAUUAUUAUAAUUUUAACCAUUUUUGUUACAAUUACUUCCAUUAUUAUUUUUAUUAAGCUAAUUUUAUUAUUGCCACAACUAUAAUUAAGAAGCGUAAAAAAUUGUAAAGUUUAAAGUGCUUUAUUAGCAUGUAAGUGUAGGGUAAGCUUAGCUUAGYUUAAGUGACUUUAUUAGUUUAACGUUUCAAUGGACAAUAGAUCUGCAAUUUUAAUUUAGACUAGCUUAGCGAUUACACCUAUUUUUUCGACAGUAUUUUAGUUUCGAAGACAUUUUACGAACGUCUUCUCCACUGUAUACUACUUGUCAUAGAUUUUAAUAAACUAUUUUUAAUAGAAAAUCAAAAUAAAAUAUCUAAGAUAUGUCAA